UACUUUGAUGAGAUGAGCUCCGAAGUGUCGGUAUCAUGUGUUGCAUAAAUACUUAUAUACGUAUCUGCUGGUACUGAAUAACAAGGACAAUAGCAGCACCAGCGUUUUGUCCCACGUGAGGCACUGGUCCUCACCGCGCAUCUGGGUGCCCCGCCUGGCUGAUCGCGGAUCGUGUGGCCCGAUGUACCAAACAAGAAAGAGAAGCAGCUCGGGGCUCCGUAGGGGCUCCCGUGUUGACCGUAGGAAGACUCGAGUAAGCUUCCUAGGCUACCUAAAGGACUCCGACGACAGCGGCUCCGACACCGCAGAAAGCGCCUCCGACACCGCGGACAGUGUGCCCGACCCCGCGGACAGUGUCCCCGGCACCGCGGACACCGCCUCCAGCAACGCCGUGCAUAGCAAUUCUGAUGAUGCAGAGGACCGCCAGGACGAGAAGCAGCCGGCCGGAAGCGCCAGCGACGAGGAGGAGGCGUGUGCGGCGCCCCGGGCGGGGAGAAAGCGCUCCUCUACCGCAGUUUUCGCUGACAGCUCCAGUAGCUCCGACAGCGACGAAGUGGGCCGACCUGUCCGAAAGGUGCUGCCUAAAAAACGUAUGAAUGUGCAGAGACCGCUGUCCGAAUCGGACGCGGAGGAAGAGGGGGACGGAGCUCGGCCGGAGAGGGAGAAGGAGAAAAAAAGGGAAAGGCGGGCUAAGCUUUUGGAACUAUCGCAGAGGAGGAGGGCGAAGACCGGCCGCCCUGUACGCGGGACGGCGGAGGGCUCAGGAAAAGACGACGACACCGAUGAUGAUGAAGAUGCUACCUGCACGUUGCUGCACAGCAGUGAGGAAGGGACAGAGAGUGACAGUCUGAAAGACUUCAUAGUGGAGGAUGAGGAGCAGAAAGAUGGAGAUGAAGGGGAGAGCCAGGAGAGAUCCCUCCUCUCCUAUCAUCUUCCACAGAUGGCGCUCGGCUCCCAGCGGGACCACUUUGAGCUGGUGGUGAAGGCCUUGCUAAUAAAUGCACGUGACCAGACGUUCCUCCAGUCACUGUAUGACGGAGUCCGGACAAAGCGAUACGCGCGCGAGAUGCAGAAAUCCCUGCACCACCUGGACGAGCGCACUGUCAUCCCCCGGCUGGUGAAUCUGAAGCAGAGGAGCCGCUGGAGCGAGCGCUACAAGGAGAGAGUGGAGUGUUACCCCAACGUGAAAAUUCUGAGUAUAGGUCGCUGUGACCGAAUUUGUGAGGCCUGUCAGCUCCACAGGCACACCCGCUUCUGCGUGCACCUCUCUGGGCAGCUCUAUGACGGCAAGACCCUGCAGGAGGACACCUUCAUGCCUAAUGACACACAGGUCUUCCGGGUAGGGAUAGUCUGUGCCAACCGUACGGAGGUCUACCACCAGCUGAAGCACUUCAAGUACCACCUGUCCCGUCGGUGUAAGGCAGAGUUGGAGAAGGAAGAGGAAGCUCCUGUGAAGGAUAUGGUCGGCAAGGCAUUUUCUCGGCUGCGGGCUUGUGGCUGGAUCAGACAGCAAUAUGAAGAUUUCGAGGACCACCUGAACAAAGCUGAUUACUUUCAAGAAGAAAAACUGGACUAAUGAAUCAAGCCAGAAUAAUAACAUCCUCUCAUUGAUCUCUUUUUACAGUUCUGGUUCUGAUGAUGCAAUGUGUGUAAGUGAAGCUUUUAGUCUGGAUCACUGAGCACCUUUCUAUGUGUCGCUUGCAUUUCCCUGGAUGGUCUUUCAUUGUACAUCUUUUAUCUUCAGUUUGGUUGCAAAUACUCCAGAAACAAAGAUAUCCUUAUUGUAUUUGUUUGUUUGGUUUUACCUGGCUGUAAGUAUGCCAAACGCUGCUGAGCUUUUCAGAGAAGCGGAGGAGGCAGGCAUGACUAAGUCACAUAUGCCGGUUUACUUAUUGCCGUACAGUCAAUAUUUCUCAGUUAAUGUACAUUUUGGACCAAUAUUGUCUUUGAACUCAAGUCACUGUUUUUAAAUUUAAUUCUUGUACAAACGUUCCUGUUGUCAACAUUCUUUAUUUGUAGCUGCAAAAUUAAUGGUUUUCGUUCACCUGUUGCAUGCAGAACAUUAACUUAUCACCGCAGUCUAAAUCCAUCUGGCCUACCGCUUCACUGGCUAUCGAUCUACGGUAUCGCAGUUGUGACAAAAAGUGCAAACUCAAAUGCAACAUCACGGAGCCAUGUACAGGUUAAUGGUUUGUUUUAGUAUAUUUUUCUCUAGAAUCAGGUCCUUUGUACAAACCUAUUAACAUAAAAGCAUUUCACUUUCUAUUGGAACACAUGCAUUUUCAUCGGCAAAGAUCCACUCGGAGGUUAGAGUUUGCGACAUAACCAUAUACAGUCGAACCUCGUUACUACAUACCCCGGAUACAAUGUUUUCACCUUUUCAACGUACAGGUUUCUAAUUCCCAUUUUUAGCCUAUGUAUUAUUCCAGUAUCAGCCAUUGUUUACAGCGUACACCCUUACAACGUAAACUUCGAUACAACAUCCAAAUUUCUAGAGAAAAUACGAAAACUAACCAUCGUUACAACGUACAGCGCUCUCCCCGCCCACCACAACUUGUGUCGCUACAUCUACCUGUAUCUACCUGAUCUUCGCCCGACAAUGCACAUUUGUCUUGAUUUAAUUUGACCAAUAUUUCAUUAAUAUUUUCAGGCCAAAUGCCAAUGUGGAUACGAAUGUUUAUUUUAAAAAUCCAUUUUGAUCAGCCGUUGUGUAUUUUCGUUGCCGUUUAUCGCCGGCCGGCACUAAGUAAUCGUGAGUAAUUUAAGGAAAAUUUCAAGGAUCCAAAUUGAGCUUUGUCGAAUUAUUUAACAAGUAAUGAUGGGUUCGUUUGUUUUGUAGUCAAUUUAAGUCUAUUAAAGUUUUAUAAUUUACAUGGA